UUCUCUCACAGCUCAAACACCUUACAUUACACAUGACUCUCUGCUUGUUCUCUCCUUCUUUUCCCCGUUUCUCUUCUUUCCCUUCCUUUCACCGUUUCCCAAAUUACUAUUUUCUCCUCUCUUCUUCUUCUUCUUCUACUACCCCUUUCUCCAAACACCUCACUACUUUUUCUUCCCCAAAAAUCCCAAACUUUAGGCCUAAAGCUUCGUUAAGUGAAGCUGAGGGUGAAAACAAGGUGUUAGAUGAUGAAUUGAUUAGUCGGAUUUGCGCUUGCAAAUAUGCGAGUGAGGUGUUGGAUAUAAUAUCCGAAAAGACUGGGAAAAAUGGUGGUGUUGUUAGUUGUAAUGAUUGCUGUUUUAUUAUUUCUGCUGCUUUUGAUCGUUGCAAUGCUGAUUUGGCACUUAAUGUGUUCGAUGCUAUGCGUUCCACUUUUGAUCCUGGGACAUCUGUUUCAGACAGAGGCCCAUCCUAUGAUAGAUGGAGGUGGUCAAGGCCAGAUGUUUCUACAUAUACCUUGUUAGUUCGAGGACUUGCAACGCAGCUGAGGGUUUCAGAUGCCCUUAAAAUCAUCGCCAAAGUUUGUCGAGUGGGCAUUUCUUCUAGUGAAGAGGUUCUCUUUGGCAAAGUUGUGCGGUGUCCAACUUGCAUGAUUGCUGUUACUGUUGCUCAGCCACAAGAUGGUAUCCAGGUUGUGUCCUGUUCAAAAUGCCGCUACCAGUAUGAGCUUGUUUCAGGAAAUAUUAUUAGUAUAGAGUCAGAAGAAAUUAGCAUGGAUAUUUCUGCAUGGAGAAGGGGACUAAGAUUCCUGCCAAUAAAGCAAAACAUUCCAGCUGCUGUUCAUUCGAUUGUGGUGGAGACCCCAUCUGGAAUGGCACGAACACACAGAUUUGCUACUGAAACAGUUGAUCUUCCUGCACAAGAAGGCGAGAGAGUGACCAUUGCUGUAGCAGCACCACCAAAUGUUUACCGAGAGGUGGGUCCUUUAAAGUUGAAUCCAAAAGCUCCAAAUGUUUACCCAGGAGAGCCCUUGUGCUUGACUAACCACAGAGAUGGCCGUGAAUCACCCUUACUAAGAGCACCCAAAAAAGAUAAAAGCCCAUCUUUGUUAAACCCUUCCAUCCUGAUUCCUCUUCUUGCUGUAUUUGCCACUGGAGAUGCUGCUUCUGGAAUGAUAGAUCCCAACUUGCCUCAGAUUAUAACGGUUGCUGCAGUUUCCUCAAUCACUCUUGGGGCCACUUUAAACAGGCUGGUUUUCCCUCAAUUCAGCAAGCUUCCUCAGAGAUUAGUUGAUACACUUGCCAUCAGGCAGCAACUCUUAUCUCAAUAUGAUGUGCUCCAAUCACGGAUAAAGGAGUUGAAAGAAUCUGCUGAGAAUGAGGUCUGGAUGUUGGCUCGCAUGUGCCAACUGGAAAACAAAAUCUUUGCUGUUGGAGAACCUGCUUAUCGGGCCCGGAGAAGUAGAGUGAAAAGGGUGCGUGAAAGCUUGGAAAGCUCCCUUAGGAGAAGGAUCGAGCUGAUUGAAAGCUAUGCAAGAAUUUCUUCCAUUAUAGAAAUUGAAGUAGAGAUGGAUUCAGAUGUUCUUGCUGCUGAAGCAGCAGGCAAUGCAGAAAGUAUUGCUGAACAAAUACAACAAAUAAUGGAGCUUGAAAAUCUUGAGGAAAAAUGGAAAAUCCAAGCAGAGGCGAAUGAUGAAGCCGAAAGGCUUCUCAGUUCUGAACCCAUAACUACAGAAAAGGUUUCAGAAAGAUGAUAGUUGUGCAUUAUUGUACCAAGAGUAAAUAUCCACCUUACUGGUUCAUUUUCACUGUUUUUGGCAAUUUGUUAUCGACGUAUGAUGAGUCAAACAGAUGUUCAUUUCUGAGUUUCAUACAUUAUCGUUACCAGAGGCUAGUUCCUAAGUUUCAGGAGAAGUCUGCCAAAGAUCCUACAUAUCUGGAGAAAAACUUAAUUAGAAAGUGGUUGUAAAGGGAGAAAGAGAACUUGCAUCACAAGGGAAGCUCAAAAGUGAUCCACUUUACGUCUUGUUUAAUCUUUCUUUUGUUGAUCUGUAAAGAAAAGAUAAGAUACCUCAUGUACCGACAUUUUGGCGAUUAUUUGUGUAAUUAUUGAAUUUCACUUGCAUA